CCGGCCAAUAUCUAUUCGUUAACAUCCCCAGACUCGGAAUACUGUCCGUAUUUCAACGACAUCCGUUUUGGAUUGUCUGGUGGGAGAACGACCCCAAACGUGGGGUGAUGCAGUUAGAUAUGUUGGUCCGUAAAAGGACAGGGUUCACACGACGAUUGUUGUCAUAUCGUGACGAUGAGUACGUGACAUGGAUUAGUCGUCCCUUUGGGCGGUCUGAAAGGUUUGGGGACUACGGAUCUAUAUUGAUGCUGGCUACCGAUGUCGGUAUCGCAGCACACCUCCCCUAUUUGAAAACUCUGAUGCAGGGUCGCUUGGAGGCCUCUAUCCGAACCAGACGUGUGAUUGUUAUAUGGCAAGUUCAAGACAGCAGUAAAUUUCCAGGCGAAGACAACUUUUCCGUGGUACUGACACGCUACUCAGAUCAUGACAAGUGGGUCAAGAAAUGGUUUGACAAACUGUUGCCGAACGACACAUCCUUUAUGUUGGAAAUACGGAUCCACAGCCCUGGAAAUGCUCAAUACCGACCUACGAGUGGCAGUGGUCGCCCCAUAAACCUACUUCCGGGCGAUGUGAUCGCCGCCGGACAACAUGACCUAAUUAAACUGAUUGCUCUGCCAGCCCAUUUUGAGCAGGUUCUGGACGAAGAAAGGAGUCGAGAUGGCCGAGGAAAGCUGCUCGUAUCAGUGUGUGUUGACGCGAGGUCCAGAGCCAGUCUGAGGCGCGCAAUCGCUGAGCAAGUGGAUCCGAAUGUGCAGUAUCAUGAACAUGAGUAUCAAGUGCCUGAGAAGUCCAGACGUUCUUUGGUGCUUGACGAGAAAGGCGUUCUUGGCAAUUAG